UGGGCGAGGCGGCGCCUACCCCGGCCGCACCGGUCCCUCCCGGCAUACGCGAGGAUCCCAUGGCUGUGGCGGUGGCCCCGUGGGGGCGACAGUGGGAAGAGGCCCGCGCCCUGGGCCGGGCAGUGAGGAUGCUGCAGCGCCUAGAAGAGCAAUGCAGCGACCCUCGGCUGUCCCUCAGUCCCCCUUCGCUGCGGGACCUGCUGCCCCGCACAGCGCAGCUGCUUCGAGAGGUGGCCAGUGCUCAGCGGGCGGCCGGCAGAGGCGGCCCCGGGGGUCCCGGCGGCUCCAGGGACUUUCUCCUCGUCUACCUGGCCAAUCUGGAGGCCAAGAGCAGGCAGCUGGGCGCGCUGCUGCCGCCCCGGGGCCGAAGGAGUGCCAACGACGAGCUCUUCCGGGCGGGCUCCAGUCUCAGGCGACAGCUGGCCAAGCUGGCCAUCAUCUUCAGCCACAUGCACGCAGAGCUGCACGCACUCUUCCCCGGGGGGAAGUACUGUGGACACGUGUACCAGCUCACCAAGGCCCCAGCCCACAUCUUCUGGAGGGAGCAUUGUGGAGCUCGGUGCGUGCUGCCCUGGGCUGAGUUUGAGUCCCUCCUGGGCACCUGCCACCCUGUGGAACCAGGCUGCACAGCCCUGGCCUUGCGCACCACCAUCGACCUCACCUGCAGCGGGCACGUGUCCAUCUUCGAGUUCGACGUCUUCACCAGGCUCUUCCAGCCAUGGCCAACACUCCUCAAGAAUUGGCAGCUCCUGGCAGUCAACCACCCAGGCUACAUGGCCUUCCUCACCUAUGAUGAGGUCCAAGAGCGUCUGCAGGCCUGCAGGGACAAGCCAGGAAGCUACAUCUUCCGGCCCAGCUGUACUCGCCUGGGGCAGUGGGCCAUCGGCUACGUGAGCUCAGAUGGCAGCAUCCUGCAGACCAUCCCUGCCAACAAACCCCUGUCCCAGGUGCUCCUGGAGGGACAGAAGGAUGGCUUCUACCUCUACCCAGAUGGAAAGAACCACAACCCAGACCUGACUGAGCUCGACCAGGCAGAAGCCCAGCAGCGCAUCCACGUAUCAGAGGAGCAGCUGCAGCUCUACUGGGCCAUGGACUCCACAUUUGAGCUCUGCAAGAUCUGUGCUGAGAGCAACAAGGAUGUGAAGAUCGAGCCGUGCGGGCACCUGCUCUGCAGCCGCUGCCUGGCUGCCUGGCAGCACUCGGACAGCCAGACCUGCCCCUUCUGCCGCUGCAAGAUCAAGGGCUGGGAGGCCGUGAGUAUCUACGAGUUCCAUGGUCAGGCUACUGCUGAGGACUCAGAGGACGGCAGUGACCAGGAAGGCAGAGAGUUGGAGCUGGAGCAGGCGCCCGUUUUGGCUCCUCAGUUGCCCCCACGGCCAGAUCUGCCCCCCAGGAAACCCAGAAAUGCCCAGCCAAAGGUGGCACUUCUGGCCCUCCCCAGACUUCAGGCCCCUCUUCUCUUGCCAAGAAUUAAGGCUGUGGCUUCAACCGGGCAGGAAGCCACCUCCAGCCCCCAGGCCAGGGAGGGGGCCAUGGAAGACUCCUAAAGGGGAGCUCCCCUCCAGCUGCCCUGGGACCCCAGGACCCUGCCCCGGCCUGAAGGCCAGGUGAGUCCACUCCCUAACCCUCCCUGGCCCACUCCACCCUUCUCCACCUGGAGGUGACCUCAUCUAACCCACCCCUCUCUCCACCUGCAGGGCACCGAGAUGUGCUGCUAAAGGGCACCCCAAGGGCUGGAAGGGGGUUGUGAAAUCGAAAUAAACUGCCAAGCCUUGUCUGUCC